AUGCUACUUGCCCAAUGCGUUGGUAAUGGUUGCCCAUGGCGCGUGUAUGCGGUUCUGCUGGAUGCUAGUGGGAACUUCCAAGUUCGCCAAGCAAAUCUCAUUCACUCAUGCACCGUUGAUGAGCGCCGCAACUACCACAAACUGGCAACCACUCAGGUUAUAGGCGAGAUAAUGCAAUCAAGGUUUGUUGGAAUCAAGCGUGGCCCAACCGCAGCAGCAAUUAGGAAAAUACUGUUGGAUGAGUUUCAUGUGAACGUCUCGUAUUGGAAAGCGUGGAGAGCUAGAGAGCUUGCAAUGGACCAUGCAAUGGGUACAAUGGUAGGAAGCUACUCACUUAUACAUGCAUAUUUAGCUCUGCUUCAGUCAUCAAAUGAAGGAACAACCUGCUUCUUGGAGAGUACAGAUGCCGAAGAUGGGAGAAGAAGAUUUAAGUAUUGUUUUGUUGCAUAUGGGGCGUCAAUCUCAGGGUAUCCGUCGAUGCGGAAAGUGGUUGUUGUUGAUGGGACGUCAUUGAAAGGAAAGUUUGGGGGCUGCCUACUUUCAGCGUCUGCACAAGACGGAAAUUUCCAAGUAUUUCCUCUAGCUUUUGCGGUGGUCGAUAGUGAAAACGACGAUGCUUGGGAAUGA